UAUCUCUAUCAGGUACCAGCUGAUCGAGCUUUCUGUUUGAAAACGGAACACAACCUAGAAACGUUGAAUGGCGCAAAUUUUUUGUAAUGUUUUACACAAUUGAUAGUAGCGGUGGCACAUGGCUCUUUGUUUUACUAAUUUUAUGUACCUUUACGUCCGCGAAAGAUUUCUACGAACUUCUUGAUGUUCCCAAGGAUGCCGACAAAAAGACUAUUAGACAAGCAUACAAAAAAUUGGCUGUUACUUUUCACCCAGAUAAGAAUAAGGAUGAUCCUGAAUCACAUGAAAAGUUUUUACUUAUCACUACUGCCUAUGAGACAUUAAAGGAUGAUGAAUUACGCAAGAAAUAUGAUUUAUACGGCAAAGCAGAACCAUCUACCAAAAAACAAACCUAUCAUUCAUGGAGUUACUAUGAAGAAAAUUUUGGUAUCUAUGAUAAUGAUCCAGAAAUUGUCAAUCUUGAUGCCUUUGAAUUUGAACAGAGCGUAGCCAGCUCGGUAACGAGGUGGUUUGUCAAUUUCUACUCGCCGUUGUGCUCACACUGCCAUGACAUGGCACCAGAGUGGAGGAAGUUGGCAAUCCAAGCGGAUGGAGCCAUCAGGAUUGGAGCUGUCAACUGUGCGGAUGAGUGGCAACUAUGUAACCAACAGGGUGUGAGAUCAUACCCAUCACUCAUCAUGUACCCAUCUAGAAUAAAGUACACUGGAAAUCACAGGUUUGAGGAAAUGCUUGAUUUUGUUUUGGGACACAUACAAGCCAAGGUAUCUGAAAUAGAUACAGAUAUUUGGAAGAAAAUAAACCAACAACAGAAAGCCAAUAAUCAACAUUCGUGGUUAAUUUUCCUCUGUAAGAGCCAACUGGACUGCAAAGAUGACCAUCACAUUUUAGUAGCAGCAAUGUUGGAAAACUUUGUGUCAGUCGGAGUAAUUAACUGCCGGGAUUACGAGGAGCUGUGCAGUAGUUUUCAGUCGCACACUGAUAUAAUUUUGUGGACAUCAGCAGUUGGAAAUGCAAAUGCCAGUUUUCACUCUGUAGAAAGCUUAGAACCUAGAGAUAUUACCAUAGAAGUUCUAGGGUAUUUACCAGAUAUAAAACUGCUUGAGGAAGAUAGUUUUGAGGAUAUGCGAAUGCAGUUGAGACUUGGUUCGAGUACAGCCUGGUUGGUGUAUUUCUUUCUCGGCAACACUCAUGGUGGCGACACUGAACUGAAAAAGCUACCUGCUUUACUGCCCAAUAUUCACAUAGCGAAAGUAAACUGUGCCCGUAUGGCAUCAGUGUGUGGAGAUUUGAAUAUAAAUCGAUAUCCGCUGUUUGCAGUUUUCAAACAAGGCGGAGGUCAUGAAAUCCACCAUGGGCUCGGACUGGCUCACGAUGUAGCCACUUUCGUGAAAGAAAGUAGUGCAGCUAUUAAUGUUCGCAUUCUCUCGCCUCGUGAGUUCCACGCUGUUGUCGACAAUGGUGAUGACAAAAUGUGGUUCAUAGAUUUCUAUGCUCCCUGGUGCCCACCAUGUCUACGCUUGUUACCAGAGUUUCGAAAGGCAAGUCAACUUAUAAGUAUGAAUGUAAACUUUGGUACUGUAGACUGCACAGCGCAUCGCGAGCUAUGUUCACAGAACAACAUCAACUCUUAUCCAACUACUGUUUUGUAUAACAACUCUGUGAAAUAUCAGUUCUUUGGAGAACAUACAGCUUCUAGCCUAAUCGACUUUAUCAAGGAUAUAAUUUCUCCUACAGUAAUAUCGUUGACAUCCACUUCAUUUUACCAGCAUGUUGCCCAGAAAGACAGCGGUGAGUUGUGGUUGGUUGACUUCUUUGCACCGUGGUGCCAUGCCUGUCAGGAAUUGGCACCUCAGUGGAGAAAACUGGCGAAGAUGGUCAGUGGUAUUUCCAAUGUUAAUAUUGGAGAAGUAAAUUGUGAAGUGGAGUUAUCUGUGUGCAGUGAUCAGGGUGUGCGGAUGUAUCCAUCUGUAAGAUUAUAUCCAUUCGGCAGCGUUGGACUCUCAACUCUGGCUGUUUAUAAUGGUCAUAGAAGUGCAAGAGCUCUCUACCAAUGGUUGUUUAACUUCAUACCAUCAUCAGUUGAACAACUUGAUCCUUCAACAUUUGAUACCUUGGUACUUCAGAGCAAAGAUGCUUGGCUAGUGGAUUUCUACGCACCAUGGUGUGGUCAUUGUGUUACUUUUGCUCCUGAGUUUGAGAUAUUGUCACAGUGGUUAAAAGGACGUGUCAGAGCAGGCAAACUAGACUGUGACAAAUACUACCAAUUCUGCCACAAAUGUGGUGUGGUUGGAUAUCCCACAGUGAAACUGUACACUGGAGACUCCAGGUCCCAUCAUGGAGAAGAGAUUCCUAGCCAGUCAAAAGAUUAUAUUCUCUCUCAUGUAAAUAAUGUUCUGGAUAGCUCUAAUAAAGUACAUAAUUUACAUGAUGAAUUUUAGGUUCAAUUGUCGAUUCCGUAAAAUAUCUACUUAACGGAAAAGCUGCUGAAGUAAUUUUAAUUCGUUAGCAUUAAGGGUGGAAUCCAAAGUAGUCGUUGAGACAUUUAUUUCUUGGUACAAGCAUUCCUUUUAAUUAUACUUGAAUACAAUUUUUUAUUAAUAGUCCCUUAAAGAAUUAUUAAAACUAUGAAUUCAUAGUCUCAAAAUAAGUAAUGCUAUGUGUCAGUGAAUUUAAAGUCGCACAAAUAAAUGUAUUUAUGCAUUUCUCAAGAAUUCUCAAGCAAAAAAGCUGUGUUUAUGCAUCAAUAAAAGUUGUUCCUAAUCAAGUAUAGGUCAGUUUUAUAAAUUGGUUCUCAACAAAUAUAAAUAGUUUUAAUAUAUUUUGCAAGCUUUUCUAAGUAAUUUAUGACAUCAGUUGCCAAUUAUUUGUCAAAGUUAUAUUUACAAACUGGUUUAAAAUCUAUAGUUCCAUAAAUGAAUUUUAAAUGUUGCCAAACAUUUCCUUUUCUAAUUUUUUUUUAUAUUUCAUCUGAAUUAUAAAUUAUAAAAAAAUAUAUAUUAACAUUGAUAUGCCUUAACUCCUAAAGACUAAUACAUUGUGACAAAAAAAAUGGAGAAAAAGAAUGAGUGCGAGUGAUUAGAAUCUAGGCCACAUGCACAUGGUUAUGGUACUGGUGUAGUAUAUUCAACACCUAAACCAUUCUUUUUGUGUCUUGGAAUAUCAGCCCAAAAGUGGUGCUACAUUAGUUUGAAUGUUGCAUUGUAUAAAAAAAAAAUUUUACUAGAGAAUCUGUAUUUUAUUACAUUGUGCAUGCUAUUUAGAACGUUUAACAAGUUUACUUUAGUUUAAAAUGUGGUAUGUUUAGAAAAAUGGCCUAAAAAUACACUGCACUGCAAUGCUACUGCACACCAUUGUAGCCACAUGUCUCGCUCAGCAAGGUGAGAAGUAGCAGGAAAUACAGUUCCUUGUGCUGGUAACUGAUUAUAGUUCAGUAGGUUUAGUCAGUCAUUGAAGAGAAGAAAAUAGUGUAACAAUCCAAAAUGCCAGAAAUUCUGUUCUGCAUAUGGUAGGAUUAACAAAGGGAUUUAGUACAGCUUGUUAUAUUUUUACUUCAUCAGAUACAUAAUUGGAUGUUUAAGUAGUACUUUACGAAGUAACAUUUGUUGCAACAUUAUGAAUGUAUCAGUUGUACAAGGCAGGCCUAGAGAACAAGCACUGCUUCACAAGGCAGUGCUUGUUUUCUAGUUGGUCACCGAUUAUGGAUUCCACCCUGAGUAUCUUGUGAAGUAAUUUUUUAAAUGGUAAUGCGUUGUUUAUUUACUGAAUUUAAUCUUAGUACUUAUUUUAUUUAAAAUGUAUGUUCACAUGUCCUUGUAAUUUUUAUAUUAUGCAUAGCUUUACUUAAAAUGACUGGCUAUUAUAAUGCAACUAUAAUUUAUUACUCAUUUAUUUUGUAACCAAAGCUUUAAUUUUUUUUAAUUGUGAAAUAAAAAAAUUAUUAAAACUUAAA